CAAUGGCCAUAUAGGUAGCCUCCAGUCUGGUAAGGUAUGCACCACUUCCAAAGGGUGCUCUUCUAACUCUUCUGUACAAGUCUAUUAAGCUAAUAUAUAAUUUUCAUAGUUUCCUGGACAUAUACUCAAGUAGCUUUUGUUUUCUGUGGUAUCCACCCCUGAUUUAAUCAAUACCUUGAAAUUUUUCUCAUGCCGUUAUAUGUUGGGGAUCUGGGACCAUCCACACAAAAGUUUACUUCAUUCUUACCUUUAGAUGGAAUAUAUAAAACCGACAUUGUUGGGGUGGAGGCUUGUUGUAUUGGAAACUCUUGCCUUAAGCAGACAAACUUCAGGGCACUGAUUGAUGGUGGAACAUCAUUUACAUUUCUUCCAGAUGAAGUCUAUGAAAAAAUAACAAAAGGAGGUGGUUAUGCAUGUCAAGAUCUCAGUGAUGGUAAGAGAAUGCCCCUUGCUUCUCCAACUGGCAUGCCAUCGAAUCCAUUGUUGUGCCUCUGUCCAUUGCCAACAAAUGAGCAGCAGAGCACCCCUGGCGGGCAUGCAGUCGCUCCUGCUGUUGCCGGAAGAGCUCCCUCCAAACCAGUCGGCUCAUUGUCUCUAGGUUCUGUUGCUAAGAUUGUUUUUCGAGCUUAUUCAUCAUGUUUCUAA